AUGUCCGGACGACACGGUCGGCGGAUGAAUAUGAAAAUACUUCUGUUUUUAGGGUUCGUCAAUAUCCCAGCUUGUGUGACUCCAUUCAGAUGCGACUAUCUAGAUGAUAUGCAGCAGCGUGUUAGUAGCGGCCUCACAUCAUCGUCACCAGCCUUAUCACGAGGCUCAGUACACGCAGAAGAACCAUCGUUGUUUUUUGAGUCGAAAGACGAGACAGUGGAGCCAAAAAAAGGCAAGAUCGGACCAUUAUAUGAAGAUCGAGACUGCCAUAACAAACACCUCCAGAUCUCGAAUCCUGCUUUUGCUCCGGAACAGAGGAAAGCAGGCAUUUCAAUGAUUUUAGUUCCAGGAUUGAAUUGA